AUGCUCAGCCGGCCCGUCAGUCUCGCCGCCUGCGCAGCUCCCCUCACAUCCGCCAAUAACGGCUCCGCCAUUGCCGUCCGCUGCGCCGCUAAGGACGGAAAGGCGGCCGCAGAGCCCGAAAGCGCCUCCCACGGUCACACCGGGCCGCGCGUCGUCAACCGGCGGCUGAUCCUCGGCGGACUGGCGGCGGGCAUGGCGGCAGUCGUGGGCUGCCCCAUUUGUGACUCUAACGGGGGAUUAUCCUCUAUCGGGGCCGCAUUGGCCGCCGAUUCUAGCAAGGACGACGUUUCCGGGCCGAUGGAGUGGGGCGAGCUGUGCUCGCCGGGCGACGCGGCGCAGUCCGCAACCGCCGGUCCGCUGAACGCGGCCCUUGGCUUGUCCCCCCUUUACUCCGCCUCACUCCCCAUCUCUACCCCGCCCUCUCCUCUGUUCACCCCUUUUUCCUCUCUCCCGCCUCUCGUCCGCUUCUGCCGCCCGCAGGUGAACUUCUCGGGCGGCAGCAACACGUGCGCGGUAGGCGGGCGGCAGCUGCAGCUGCUACAGUACCACUUCCACGCGCCCAGCGAGCACUCCUUCAACGGCGUGUGCUGCCCCAUGGAGGCCCACCUCGUGCACCGCGAUGCUGACGGCAAGCUGGCAGUCAUUGGAGUGAUGAUAGAGGCGGACCCUCGGGCUUCGCGCAACCUGUGCCUGGAGGCGGCUCUGGCGUUCGCCCCGGGCGAGAAGAAUAAGCAGAUUGCCUCCCCCCAGGAGUGUUUGGAGGUGGCAGUAGUGGGCAGGGGGGGCGCCCGCUCCGCCCUGCAGCAGUGCCUGCGCGUGCAGACCAGCCCGCAGCCGCUGCUUCCGCCUGCUGAGAGAUCUGAUGCCUCACACGCGUACAUCCACUACCAGGGCUCCCUGGCCGACCCUGCCUGCUCAGAUGUGGUCGACUGGUUUGUGCUCGCGGCCCCGCUCAAGGUACCGGACAGCCAGGUGUUGGAGUUCCUGAGCUUCGUGGGCGACCGCCGCACCCUCGCCUUCAACUCUGACCUUGGCCCGCGCCGACUCGUGGGCCCCGCUUGA